AUGGAAGGUCAGAGACUUCCUUGUCCACCUGCUUCCUUAGAAGACCCACCAGUUCAACUCUCCUGCCUUCAGGCCAUUCCAGCAGCAUCAGAUCUCUUACUGAGUCCCAUGAUUCUCCAGCCAGAACAAGCAAUUGCUCAAACUGUAUAUUUGAAAGCGCUUACUAUUCCUUUUUACCAGCCUGUUCAAUCAAACCAUAAACUUUCCAGAGUCCAGACAAAUAUCAACCUAGACAAUAGUAAUUUACCUUUAAUCUUCAAUCCACUUUUGCAUUCAGAAGGGACAGAUCAACUUCAGGCAAUCAUUCAGAAGCAACCCAGUACAAUAAACAUAGUUAGUCAUUUUUCACUUUUGCCACAAAGUUCUUCUCCAUGUGCACCAGCUGGAAGCCCAGGGAAGACCAAAGGUUCUGGGAGGUACCUCUGUAAACAUUGUGGGCGUGACUGUCUGAAGCCAAGUGUCCUUGAGAAACAUAUGCGAUCACAUACAGGUGAGAGGCCUUUUCCAUGUACAACCUGUGGCAUUGCAUUUAAAACUCAAAGCAAUCUGUAUAAACACAGGAGAACUCAGACACAUGUCAAUAAUGCCAGGGUGCCUUCAGAAUCUGAUAGCAGUAGUCUAUUAGAAGAGAAUGAGAAGCUGACUGAGAUAGUUGCAUCCACUCAGACUACAGAAUCUCAUGAUAAAAGUGAUGUCCAGCCAAGUGCAAGGAUUAGAUCUGCUGCUUCAGAGCUCAGUGACAAACAUAUUCUUGCUACUUCGUUAUCAGAAACACUCCUUGUUUCGGAAAGUCAGAGGAUGAAAACGGGUAACUCUUGUCAUGGAGAAAUAAAUCAGAAUGUCUUUGAAAAAGAGACCACCAGAGAUACCACAGAUCUACCUCAGAGAAAGAAGACCCAGGAUCAAAGGUCUCCAACAGGAAGCAAACAUAGUCAACUACAGAGACAGCAAGCUCUGUAUUCAGAGAAGCUGUGGAACAGCAGAUCUGUGGACACCAAGCUAAAAAAGUGUGAGAGCACCGACUCGGGUUAUCUGUCACGCUCUGAUAGUGUGGAACAUCAAACACCUUCGCCUGGCUUUCUGCACAGUCUUUGUGAACAUAGCACAGAGUCAGAAGAUGAUGUGGCUGUCAUCAAUAAAUGCAUGACCUACACUUUCUCAAAAGUAGGUUCAACUGAGAAAGCAACAGGAACCGUAACCCUGGAGAAAAAAAGGUUGGAAGAGCAUAUCUCAAGGCUAAUAUCUCAUAAUAAAGCAGUUGUGGAUGAUACCCAGUUGGACAGUGUUAGGCCCAGGAAAACAGUUCUAUCCAAACAAGGAAGCAUUGACUUGCCAAUGCCGUACAUGUAUAAAGACUCCUUCCAUUUUGAUAUACGGCCUCUGGACACCAGCAAGAAAAAGAAUAUUUCUCUGCGCUCAGCCAAGUCUAUCUUUAAUCCUGCGGAAAAGACUAAGCCAUUGUUUUUUCACUCAGUUCCCACUCAAUUCUCAACAACAAUUGACUGUGUGCCUGUUACAAGAAGUAACUCUCUGCCUUUUAUUGAGAGUACAAGGAAGACACAGGACCAGGCAGAUAGUUCAAAAUUAUCUUCUUUCACUAGAGUGUCCCCAGAUGUGGGUUUUUCUGGCUUGUUGCAUAGCAGCAAUUUAGACACAAAUAUGAUAAAUGUUCUUAACAGCCACCCCCGGGCACUUGUUAGACAGGUGGCAGUGGAUGAUGUGCCAUUAAAUUAUAUGAAUGAAUCUUCGUCCUCUUUAGAGGAGAAAAAAGGUAAACAAAAAUCUGAGGCUGGGGUGGAAGGAGUGAACAGCAAGAAUAAGAAACCAAGUCAAAGAAAAUUAAAAAUGUUUUCUCAGGAAAAAUGGCAAGUUUAUGGGGAUGAGUCAUUUAAGAAAAUUUAUCAGAAAAAGAAAAGGAGUCAAUCAGCCAAAAAACAAAAAGGUAAUUUAACAAAUGUUUCAAACAUUUAUUCAGAUACUAAGGAAACUGCCUGUGGGGAGGAAAUUACAUUGUCGAGAGAAGGCAGAAGCUCUCUAACUGAAAAUGUAAUUUCAUCACUAGCAGAUGUUACUGCAAAGGUAAAUCCUGAUGCAUUGGAAAACCAUUCCAAAGCUAGCCCUGUUUGUCACCCUGCUUUUUCUCAGGAGAAUUCAAGAAGAUUGGCAGAAUUAAGAGAAACGUGUUCAGUUGGUGAUUGUGAACAACACAGCAUGGCAAGUGAAACAUCAUUUGCUGGACAUCAAUGCAGAGACUUGCAUGUUUCAAAACACAACCAGAGUGGCAAUAGUAAAGCUUUGCCUCUAAGUAAAGGCUGUAAAUUGAAAGUCCAACUUAAGCAAACUCAGCUGAACCUUGCUACUCGGCAUGAUCAUGACUUAGAAGAUGGACACAUUACUGAAUGUGUACAAAAAUAUGAGGAUACGGAAGCUAAUAGAAAAGGAUGCAGGAGGAAAGAAAUUGCCCACCUUGGACACACAGAUUUAUCAGCACCACAAUGCAACGCCAGUGAGCUAGUGUAUGAAUCUCAGAAGUUACCCUCAGAAAGAAAAAAGCCUAAGGUGGAUACACUGAAAAACAUAGAAAACAUAACAUUUAAAAAUAGUUGUUCAACCGAGUUGGUUGUGAAACUGAUAGACUGUUAUAAUCUUAAUUUAGUUGCUGCAGAAUCAGCAGAGCAUUCAGGUAAGGGAGAAAAAUGGACAGUAAUGGUAGGAACACCUGCUUCAGGAAGCAGUAUGGAGUGUGAGGAAGGAAUCCAACACUCUAUAACAGUAUCUAAUAAUAGGGAUUGUAUUGUAAGUCAAACAGAUACAGCAAGUAUAUCUGCGACGUCGCUUGCUGAACAAUUCGAGACCAAUGUAACAGAGGAACACACCAGUGAUUUGUUUGCAACAAAAAAGCUGACAUCUCCCAUAACAACAGCAACAGAAGAAUUAUCAAACUGUAGAGACUCCGCACCAGCCCACACUCAGCAUGUGGUAAGAAAUCAAGUGAUUUCUCAUCUAAAGAAAAACAAUUUUCUUCCAAAGUACAUCUUAAAAUAUUCACAGGAAGGAAACAAUAUAGGUGUGCCUUUGUUUCUUACAAGAGAGCCAGAAAAUAUACCAUAUGUUACAUUGCCAAGCAGCUCAACCAUUUCCCCAUAUCCUGCCUGUAACAAUAAACUGCUUGAUAGUAGUUCCAUUGAUAUAUCUUUGUGCCCUUUGCAAUUGGAUCUGAGUCAUUCAGCUAGAAGAAAAGAGCUAAAAUGGGACGUGCACACAACGUGGACACCUUUGGUACCUUCUGCACCAGCUCUCCUUGAAGCAACAACAAUUACAACCAUGGGAGAUCAAGAAUGUCAUCUUCAAAGUGCAAGCAGGAAAGUUAAAGAAACAUGUAAAGGAGACAGUAGAGACAACUUAGGUGAUCAAAGAUUGAUAACAAAAGAGGACGAAUGUAUAGUUGCUUGCACAUCACACAUUCCUGGGAGGAAAGUAUGCUUUACCACUAUUUAUACAGGAGGGCUUUUCAUAUCAUCAGAUAUGACUGGACAAAAUUCAGCCUUAAAGUUAAUACAGUCAGCGAAGAGUUCAGUAAUUUCACUCUCUUCAUUGGUGGAAAGGGCAGUUUUGUGUGAAAGUAGUGAGAAGGAAGCCAAGGAAUGGCAAUUGGAGACUAACCGUUUGCCAGGAUUUGAAGAAUUGCCCUCCUGUUCACUUAAUAGUCCGAAAUGUCUUUGCCAUUCUUCAAGUAUGCUUUAUUGUCAUGUGCUGUGUACUCAACCAAAGGAGACUUUCUCUCAGCCCCCGUUAAGCAGAGAAUCUCAUGCAGGAAACUUACAAAUCCCAAGUCUGAAUCUGUCCUUCCCAACUCUAAGUGCGGAGCCUCAGCUGACUUGGUGUUGCCUAUCAAGAAGCCUCCCUCUUCCUAUUGAGCAAAAGGAAAGGAAAGAUUCUGCAUAUUCUUCUUUGUAUAUGAAUGAAAGCUUCAUGUCAAAACAUGGACGGUCGAUCUGCAAAAUGAAAAGCCAUGGGAAGGCUGCUAGGGAAGGCUGGGGAAUUGAAAACCCUCAAGCUCUGGUCUCUUCUCCACAAAGGCAGGAAACAGAGAAGAAAUUAGCCUCCUGCCACAUUAGAGAUGCCUUUGAAUACCCCAUUUCUUCCACAAUCAGUUUGCAGCCACCUCAGAAGAAGAGGUACAUUUUAAGUACUGGUGCUCAGGAAGCCUCCAAAAACAUCCCAGAACUAGAAAAGAAAAAAGAAAAGCUUUACAAAAGGCGAGAAAAGAGAAACUUAAAAAGGAUAAAGGUGAAGGUCAGCCCCAAGCGAAAAUGGGACACUUACAUGGAUUGUGCUAUAGAAGUACUAACACUAUAUUAUGUUGUGACUUCAGAUGUCAUCUGUCUCAGUAUUCAUAACCUAUUGAUGUCAAGGGGCAAUGGGACAAACAUCUUUAAUACAUACCCAGGGGCUUCCAUUGACUCUCCUGUCCCUCAAAAGCAGGAACUGCGGCAGAGAGGAGAUGGAUCUUUUCAAGCAAAUGACAAAAAUCUGCAACAGCCACAUUACAGCACAAUGGAUAAAGCAGCUUUCCAUUUGGAAGUGGACGAGAUGAAACAAGGAACAUCUGGACUGAACAAAUGCUCAAGCGACAGCUUAUUUUUUCAAAGAAUUUCUACAAUUCGAGAAGUACCUACAUACUCCUGUCCACUGUCUAAUAACAUAUCAGCGGGAAAAAACAGCAGUCUAGAUAGUUGCUCCUUGGGAAUCUUUCCAAAAGAACAAUGCCCAGAUGUGGAUUCUGAGUCCAACGGACCUUCCACUGAAUCUUAUCAUUUGGAAUUCAAAGAUACAAAGAGCCAGUUGUGUAACUUCGUUGCAUCUCAGAUUACUAGACCUAUUUUUGUUCAUUCAGAAAGAGGCUUUAAUAACUUAGAAUCAAAGGAUAAAAAUGUUAUCAUUCUAGAGCCCCCCAUUCCUAUUGCAGAAAGAACAGAACAAUUCAUGGAGAGAGACUUGUAUCCUUUUUUAAAAGAGCAACAUGCUCCUACACGCCAAAGACUAUAUCCUGUUUCGCUCACAUCAAGACUAUGUACUGAGAGGUCAGUUUCAACUAAACCUUUGCCUGGAACUCUACCUAAACAAAAGCAAAGCUUGGAAGCAAUGAAUAAGCCAACUCAUUUGGAAUACGAUGAUGUAAGCAGCAGUGAUGAUGAAGAGAGGUUGGUUAUAGAAAUCUAA